CGUUGCCCCCCUUCUUCCGGUGUCAGUCAUGUCCUCUACAGGAGACCGGGUAUCGCGGACCUUUGAGAAUUGUUUCAGCUGUAAGAUGGUGAGCGGGGGCGGCCUGAUCGCGGCCGGGGCAUACGUCUACUUCGGAGCUCGGAAGAACGUGAGGGGAGGCAUGGCUUCUGUAGGGACUAUGGCUCAGAUUAUGUUUGCACUGGGUUUGGCCUCAUAUGGAAUAACAAUUUUAGCAAGAACUCAGAAUUCCCAGCCCCAGAAAUGAAGGUCGAUCUGCCCAGAGACACCUCGGUUUUUGGAAGUGGAUGACGCGGGGAAGAGACGUCUGACAGGAGACGACGGUCACACCUAUUUAGAGGGGUACCAGAAAGUUAAACAGACUGGACCGGAUUCUCUGCACUAUUUUGUUGUAAGACGCUCAUGAGUGAACCCCAGGGACUGGAUUAGAAGAUCUCAUUACAAGAAGGGAGCAGAGACCGGUCAUACAGGAGAUGAUGCGCACAAUGAGGCGCGAGGAACGUUACUGACCACUGCUACGCUACAGUGGCGGCUGACAAAAGACCUGGUGCAGGAACUGAAGCUGUAAACCUGGAACUAUUUCAUGAUUUGUUUUUAGGGCAUCCAUAUUGUAAUCCUAUGGAAAUUUGUGAAAAAUGUCUAUAAAUAAACCAACGCUACAUACCGUA